AUGUGUAUGGCUUUGGUAUGAUUAUGUGGGAAUGGUUGACAGGAAGAAGGCCUUUUUGGAAUCGAGUUCAUGAUGUAGAUCUUAUUAUUGACAUUUGUGAUGGUCUUCGCCCUCCGAUCGUUACAAAUGCACCUGAAGGUUAUGUUGAACUAAUGCAAGAAUGUUGGCAUUCUAAUCCAAAAAGAAGACCAACUGCUGCUGAUAUCCAAUCAAGAAUUAUGAGUAUUUGGAACUCAGAACCUACAAAAUAUCAAAAUGGAAAUAAGGAGUUUAAUUUUCAACGAAGGUGGAGAAAUUUCAUAAAAUCAGAAUAUAGUGCUCGUUAA